AUGUCAACCACACCUAGCGAACACAUUCCGCUGUCUAGAAACCAUCUCUGGGGCCCAGAACGAAGACGUCUUUCUGCUCAUCUCAUUCAAAAGGCUCUCGAUGCACUACCAGGCUCUCGUUCUUCGGAACAUUUACCAAGUAAACCAUACAAGACGGUCAAGAGACCGUAUGAACAACAUAGGUAUACGGGAAAGGCGAGUAAAUCUUACGUGCCUCCAGCGGUUAUGAUUGGGGGGUUUUUGGGAUGGUGUUUGAGGUUGAUACGGAUGAAAGUGGGAGCCUUGGAGAGGAAAUUCUUUGGUCAAGGGGAGUACAUUUUUUUUGGAAUUUGCCGGUCGGAGGUCGAGGAUGAGAUUUAUAAGUGGUGCUUGGAGGGAAGGUGCUACAUAUCAUCAGCAGGAAGGAUAAGUUGCAGUCAUGUUGUUUGUACAUGUGAUAGAAAAGACUCGGAUGUAGGGGCGAGAGAGGAGGAUGCGUGUAUCGUUGCGGGCUGUAGGGGCGUGAAGAUCCUUGGCGGGAGUGGGGUGCAUGAGAGAAUUGGGGAGAGGAGUGGUAGUUUGAUUCAGCUGCUACAGGUUUGUAGACGGAUUAACGAGAUUCUUCCCCAUCGCUUUGAUUCCAUAACCUCCCACAAUCAAUUCUUUGAUUUCGCACUUUCUGGGUCUCUUCAAAUACCAACCUCCCUGACCCAUUUCCUUCUCACCCCAUCAUUAUCCCAAAUCUUCCUCCUCCCCUUCUGCCCUCACAUCUGUUCAUUCCCAACAUCUAUAAACGAAUCCUCCUCUAACGACGUGCCCCGUUGGGAACGUACAUGGAUGAUAAUCGGGUCCAUGAAGUCGCUUAAAAGUCUCAAAGCAACAAUCAUCUGGCCUAGGAAAAUACCAGCUUGGAGUCACGAACUGAGAUUGUUGGAACCUUUGAAUAUGGUAGGGAUACUAGGUAAGGAUGCCAAGGAUGGUAAGGGUAAGAGUAAAGAUGGUGAGCGUAGGCCUGAGAAUAAAGAUGGAUUUGAGGUGAGACUGAGGGAGUUGACGAAGGAGGCAAAGGGGAGAGGGAAGGCGAGGGCUUAUGAGGUGGGAAAGGAUUUGUGGUUGGGUGAGUUUUCCAUUCUCAUUGGUACACGGUUAUUGACUGCGAUGGUGUUAGAAACGCGAAGAUUGUACCGGCAGCGGGAUUUGAUGAGAUCACCGAAGAGGACUUGCCGUUCAAGGUUGUUAGGAUGA